AUGUCCCUGGGACGCGCCUGGGUGCAUGAGAUGCCGGAGAAACUACGACAGGCUGCCCACGCAGGGUUUCAAGGGAUCGAGGUUUUCUACGAAGACCUGGACUAUCUCGCGCGAUCAUAUGGAGAUAAGCGAACUUAUGAAGAAAAUCUAUUAGCCGCAGCCGCCGAAAUACGCAGUCUAUGUGAUCUUUAUCGCCUCACAGUGAUCAACCUACAACCAUUCGGCUUUUACGGAGGUCUCCUAGAUCGUGAAGAACACCGCCGAAGGAUCCAAGAAGUCAAAUUUUGGUUUCGACUGGUCAGAAUCAUGAAGACGGAUCUUAUCCAUAUACCAUCAAAUUUUCUGCCUAAGGAGAAGGUCUCCGACGAUCUUGAUCUCCUUGUCCGCGACUUGACCGAGAUUGCGGACCUGGGCUUACAAGAAAAACCCCCCAUCAGAUUUGCCUUCGAGAGUCUUUGUUGGGGAACAUAUGUUGAUACUUGGGAACAGUCGUGGGACAUUGUCGUGAAAGUAGACCGACCAAACUUUGGAUGCUGUCUCGACACCUUCAAUAUCGCCGGCCGCGUGUGGGCUGACCCAACCAGUCCAACCGGGAAAACUGCAAAUGCAGAUGCAGAUCUUAGAGCGUCCCUUGAUCGUAUGCGCACAACUGUUGAUAUCAAUAGAGUCUUUUUCAUUCAGCUAGUGGAUGCUGAGCGUAUGCAGUCGCCCCUAAUUGAGGGUCAUCCGUGGCAUGUGGAGGGCCAGCCAGCCAGGAUGUCAUGGAGUCGUAACGCCAGACUAUUCGCCUAUGAGGUUGACAGAAACGGCUAUCUUCCGGUAAUAGAUAUUGCGAAGGUGAUUUUGAAGGAUCUCAGGUACAAAGGAUGGGUUUCUAUGGAGUUAUUUUCACGAACAAUGGUCGAUUCGCAUCCCUCGGUACCAGCCUCCCAUGCCAGGCGAGGUAUCGCCUCAUGGGAAAAGCUAAAGGCAAACUUUGAUGAUGGUGUCUCGCAUCAAAUUUCGGGGAGGCUAUAA